AUGAAUGAUAUUGUUAUAUCUUAUCUCAUGAACAUUACCAAUGUAUGCAAAUAUUUAUAUACAGCAACAGGUACUUCACUCCAUAAACCAACACCUCUUAGCAAUUAA